CCCACCAAUUUAUUUUAAAAAAUUUCGCUAUAAAUAUAUACAACUUGCUUGGUUGCUUCUCGUUCUCUGUUGGCUUUGCUUCAAAUUUCAGCCCCGACAAGAAAGUUUGGGUAUCUGAUUGAUUAGAAGAGGAAAUGGGUCGUGGUGUAAGCGCCGGUGGUGGGCAGAGUUCUUUGGGUUAUCUAUUUGGAAGUGGGGAGACCACUAAAAAUGCCCAAGUUGCUCAGAACCAAGGGCCAGCAGCAAACAAUGAGCCUUCUCAAAAGCCUGCUGCUGCGCCUGCACCUGCUCCUGCGCCUGCUUCUGCGUCACAACCAAUCGAUAAGGAGAUUCCAGCAGGUGUUCCUGGGCAUCUUACUAACAAUUACUUCCGUGCAGAGGGGCAGAACUGUGGCAAUUUUAUUACGGAUCGGCCAUCCACCAAGGUUCAUGCUGCCCCUGGCGGCGGAUCUUCCCUGGGGUACCUCUUCGGUGACGGUGGGAAGUGAUGUCUUUGAUCCUUAAGAAUGCAUCAACCGCGCAGCAGAGCGGACGCCAUUCAUUAUUAUGAACAUUAGUAUUUCUAUCUAAAAAGAACAAUUGUACUCUGUCCUUGUGCAGAGUUAUGUAUUGCCUUGUGUAAUUCAUGUGGUUUGGACAUGCUUGGUCAUGGAUUUCAUAUAAAAUGCUCGUCCCUUGUUUAGCAUUUAA